AUGCAUUGCAAAUGCUUCACUGACGAAUGAAGGAUGUAAAUCUUCAUAACUCUUUUCCCUGCUGGACAACACUGGAUUCUCUGUCUUGUGAUUGUCAGAAGAGAAGAUGUCCCAAGAAUUUAACCUUAACUUACUUAAGGAACUGGAGCAAAAAAUUGUUCUAAAUGUCCUUUGCCGUGACGAGAUGUUGAGAAAACUGGAGGAAGAAAGAGUAAGGAAGCUGAAAACCCAACUGCAGCAACUUUGGCGUAAAGGAACAAAAAGUGCCAGCUAUGGAUCUCAGAAACGGUCUUGUGCCCGUUGUCAGAAGUCGUUUGGAAUCCUGUUCGAUAGAGGAGCAGUGUGCAAAGGAUGCAGCCAUUAUAUAUGCUCUCAAUGUCGCGUUACUCUAAAUGCCUUUCUGUGGAAAUGCACUGUCUGCUGUGCUUCUGAGUCUAUUAAAGUGAAAACAGGUGAAUGGUUCUUUGAGGAGCGAGCAAAGAAAUUCCCCACUGAAGGUAGAUAUGAAACUGCUGGAACAAAACUCUUGAAAUCUUAUCAGAAAUUAAGCAAAGUAUCGGUGAUUCCUCCAACUCCUCCACCUUUUGCUGAACCCGCCAAUAGAAUAAACAUAUUGGAACUUAAUCCAGGUUUCCACAAGUCUAUGGAAAACAUCUUUCUGUCUGUUACCACACAUAUCAAAAAAAUCUCAAAGUCACAGAAUGAUGUGGCCAAUGAGAAAUACCUUCUUACAGCAAAUUAUGGGCCACAAACUGAUCCAGUGAAGGACAGGAGAAGCCUAUCUGAUACCGCUAUUGAUAUUUCAACUAGGAAAUGUUCAAGUAUCAAUGGAGAACAAGAUGACAGUAGAGUUGCUUGCAUAAAAGCAUCAAGCGAAGAAGGCAUACCCUCCGCUAUUACAAAUGAUACCUUAAUUUGUGGAGAUAAAAAACGUGAUAGUUUAUACAGCAUUACCAGCGUUUGCAGUGGGGCUGUUGACUUUGAAAAAGCUGAUGUCUGUGGUGAAAUAGAAUUUGCCAUUAGAUACAAUUUCAAAUUUGGCUUUUUGGAAGUAUUCAUCAGUGCCUGUAGGAAUCUGGCUUAUGGAAAGGAGGAAAAAAAGAAAUGCAAUCCAUACGUCAAGACCUACUUGCUGCCUGAUAAAUCUCCUCUGAGUAAACGGAAGACUUCUGUCAAAAAGAACACGCUGAAUCCAACAUUCCAAGAAAUAUUAAAGUAUAAUAUUGAAUAUUCCCAACUGCAAACCCGUCAGCUUCAGAUAUCUGUCUGGCACGCUGGAAUUUUCAGACAUCCCGUAUUCCUCGGACAAGUGGUGAUAGAUUUUGGAUCCUGGGAUUUUGAAAACUACUCUGCUGAGUCGUUCAACUGGUACCAAUUGAAAGCCAAAGUGACAUGACUGCAUUCGAUUUACUCAUGUUUGCUGUAUUUAUACAUGUUUUCUGUUUCUUCAGAUUUUAAGGAUAAAUGUGCCGUAAGCAGUUCAUUUUUUUUCCAGUGAAGUAGGCGUUAAAUGUUUUCAUCACUAGAAUCAUAAAGUGCAAUUAGAAUGCACCUCAGAGAUCAUGUAAUCCUUUCCCUCUGCCAGCUAGAUAAAGUCUCCUUUGAGCUGAACUUGACUCCUGGCAAUUUCAUAAACACAUCCAAGUAGG